GUUAUUCAAAAAAUCGGUCAAUUCACUAAAGUUAAAUGUCACUUGUGUGUCGGUGGGACCCGGCCUAAUGAUGAUGUUUCUAGUCUUCAAAUCGGACAACAAGUGGUAGUUGGUACGCCUGGACGCGUUUUGGAUAUGAUGCAACGUCAUGCUCUUGGUACAAAUAAUCUUAAGCUUUUUGUUCUCGACGAAGCUGAUGAAAUGCUUUCUCGUGGCUUCCGUGAGCAGAUAGAACAGAUCUAUCGAUUUCUUCCCCAUUCUUGUCAGAUACUUCUUUUUUCCGCAACUAUGCCACCUGAAAUUGUCGAAGUUACUAAGGAAAUGAUGACGGACCCUGUUAAUAUCUUGGUCAAGAAAGAGGAACUUACUUUGGAUGGCAUCAAACAGUUUUACAUUCAGGUCCAUGAGGAGAAGAAUAAGCUGCUUACCCUUGUUGAGCUCUACGAGCUAUGUAACCUUAGCCAAGUUGUCAUCUUCCUGAAUACUAUUAACAAAGUCCAGGAACUAUAUCAACAACUGCAGGAGAGAAAGUUUGUUGUUUCGUGCAUUCAUAGCGCUAUGGAACAAGUCGAGCGAGAUCGCAUUAUGCAGGAAUUUAGAAAUGGAGAGUCUCGAAUCUUGUUAGCAACAGAUGUUUUGGCUCGUGGGAUUGAUGUUCAACAGGUUUCGAUUGUAAUCAAUUAUGAUCUGCCAACGAAUCGUGAAACGUAUAUUCACAGAAUCGGUCGUGGUGGUCGGUUUGGUCGAAAGGGAACCGCAAUCAACUUUGUGUGCGAUGACGAACAGCAUGUCUUGCGUCAAUUUAUCGACUAUUACAACACACAAAUCAACGAACUCCCCGAGGACGCUCAUUACAUGGAGACAAUUUCUGGUAAGCGAAUGAAAUUUGAUUGUUAG